UUCCAUGCAUUCCAUGAAUGAAAGUUCGCGACUGCGGCUUAAGUUUAUUCUCAGUGCAUGAACGAAAAAGGGCUUUGCAAACACAUUGUACAUCAAAGUGAUAUUAAUGUGCAAUGGACACCGCCAAUGCUCAAACUCAUUUACUGCCUCGUCUACCCACGGAAUUGCUGGUCAUAAUUUUCCAGCAUUUACCUAUGUCGGAUUUGGCCAAGGUACGGCUUACUUGUCAUCACUGGUAUGAUACGGUUUGUCACACAUCCUCACUCAUGGAAAGAUUUGUGCUGUCGUUCAAAAACUGUCGCCUGUACGAGGGCUGCGAGCAGAGUCGAGUGUUAUCUAAGACAAAAAGUAGCUACACUAAAGCAACUCUAAAAGCCGUAGCUAUCGAAGAGGCGGAUACUUUAUGGCGUGCUCUAGGCCGAAACUUGCAGGAUCUCACUCUGAACGAUUGUUCCCUAUCUGGCGACACCAUGGUUCAACUGCUCCGAUAUACACCUCACCUCAAAUAUUUUGCCCUGAAAACCACCAAAUUCGAGGAAUUCCAGCUCCAGAAUGUCUCAGUAAAUUUUCAAUUGCCAAAACUGGAGACUCUAACGCUACGUUCCAUUUUUAUUUACGAUGAAUGUUUCGAAAUGUUUAUGAAAGUUUGUCCACGACUGAAGAUUCUUAAGCUAAAUUAUUCCUCGUUCGUUGGUUGGGGCGAGAAAUUGGUUGAAUUUGUCCAAGCGCUCCGCGGAACACUGGAGGGAAUCAAUCUUAGCUACACUAAAGUCGGUGCGAUGCUGCUACAGAAAAUAGCUACAAUCGAACGGUUAAAAUUGAAAAAAAUUUCGUUGAAAUCCAGCUACGACUUGAAACAGCGCGACAUCAUCCAGCUAAGCAGAGUACAGCCAACAAUUGUACACCUAAACAUCGAUAACCUGUUUCCGGCAGAUGACCAGAUACUCAGUGAAAUUAGCCGCAAUCUGCCUAAUAUGAAGCGCAUAAAACUUCACAUCUGUCGUGUGCAUAAUUUGCAGCAAUCGUUCCUGUGCAAUAUGCGACGAUUGGAGUAUCUCAAGAUCACCGAUGCAACCCACGUGGCUGGCAAUCUGGAUCUAAGCGCGUAUGAAAAUCCGCACCUUGAAAAGCUGUACGUAUCGGCGGCUACAUUUUCGCGCAACACCUUACCGCGAUUCUUUGAGAAAACACCCAACAUUCGUAGUUUAACACUGUACCAGUGCUCGUACGAAAACAUUCAUGAUCUGCAGCUCUCAUUCGCGUUUCUUAAAUCAUUGGAAUAUUUAAACUUGCAGCGUACAUUCGAUAUCGAUGAUAGCUUCUUCAGUCGAACCGUUUUCGACAGUGUGAACAUGCCUUUUGAGCGCAUUCGGUUUUAUCCGGUGACAAACUUGAGCAAACUGUGCUAUUUGAAUCUAAGUAGAUGUCGCGAUCUCUCAGACGAAACUCUCGUUGCGCUAAGUUUUUCUCGACUUAAAAAGAUCGACCUACGAGGUUUGAAUAUUACGGAUUUUGGUAUUCGGGCACUAGUUCGACAAUGUCCUCGGUUGGAAUAUGUCCAUGUGGAUGCAUGCAAAAGGAUCUGUGACAGUGCAGUGUUGAUGCUGUGCCGUGAUUUGAAACGAUUAAAACUUUUGAACCUAGACGGGUGCCGUACGCUUACUGACGCAUCGGUGGACCACGUCAUCAACCACUGCCGAACAUUAGUGUGGCUUAACAUGAUGAACUGCCCUUUACUAUCAGAUGACGCUAAGCAUCGGCUAGAGAGCAUGCGUAGCAUACGCUCCUUAUACGUCUAGUAAAAUAGUUUGUGAUUCAUCCUCGACGGUGGUGGUGGCGGGUAAUUAUUUAUUAUUAUUCGUAGUCAAUCAUGAAGUAUGAACAUCAGCACAAUAAUUUUGCUGCCUCAAGCAAAAUCUCUACUCGUGUGAUAUGAAGGAGACAUAUUUACACAAAACUUCACAGGCGGUGUAUUUACAGAAAUUGCUGUUAAAUUUUAGAACACUCUUUUAUACCUAACUGAAUGCAUACAAUUUCUAUUCACGCCAUCCUUGUAUAAAACAUUGCGGUCCGUAUUCAAAAUUUAGUGGUUUUACAUCCUGUUGUGUUGUAGCAAAAAACUGUAGAAUAUUACAUAUCGAAAUAAAUAUAUAUUUUUAAACUAAAUUUUACGUUUUUU